AUGAAAAGUGCUAGACAGUUUGUUUUUGAUGGAUUACCGGUUGAAUGUGCUUCGAGACCAAACACAAGCUGCUCUGGCAGCAAAACUAUCUUGGAAUCUUUGUCGCCAAGCAGUGCGAACAGUAAGAACCCUGGAGAGUUUUCUGAGAAUAUAUUUUAUGGUCCUGCCUAUCGCACAACUCUUCAUUGGUGGUGGAGGUCAAAAUUCCUAUGUUUGGAGGAGUUUAUUUGCCUGUAUCAUUGGAAGGUACUCGGUUCUGUUGUGUUACUUGGCCUAUUUUGCUUUGGUUUGAAAGCAGUUACUGUCGAUACCGAUUUUGAUAGGCUAUGGAUUGAGGAAAGUGAUCGUCUUACUUCUGAGUGGAAGUAUCUGACCAAAGCGCUGCAAAAUGUUCAUGCAGAGUCGUUAUAUGGAGAUUCGUAUUAUUUUUCACGGGAUUCCAAAUUAUCCAGAAUGGUAGUUCAUUCACAAAGGGAAGAGAUGGAAGAAAAAGAAGCUGAUAUGCUUUCGUUUGCAUCAACAUUAUCAAAAUCAAAAGGUGAAGUGGAUUCAUCUUUGAGUAGCCGUGAAUUUAUGGGCAGUAUGGAAACUAUACUGCAAACUACUAUUUCACCUACUAUCAGUCAAACGGAGAAAAUUAAAUCGAAUACCAUCCCUCCUUUGAGUACUACUGAAAAUAGAGAUAACAGCAUAAACGAUGAUGAUUACACUGAUAUUCUAACUCCUCAAGCGUUAUUAGAUCAUAUGGAGUUCCUUAUUAAAGUGAGGCGACUUACAAUAACGGUAGGAUCAUCGAAGUGGUCUUUCAAAGAUUUAUGUCAACGUGCUAGCCUACCGUUUGGUGUUGAAAUGCAUCAUUUGCAGGCUUAUCUGGAUAUGAUUAUUCCAUGCAUCAUUAUCACACCAUUGGAUUGUUUUUGGGAGGGGGCUAAAGUCCUUGGACCGGAAGAAGCAAUGUGGGUCCCUUGGUUCGAUGAACGUACUCUCCUUCAAUGGACAAACAUUGAUCCUGUUGGAUUACUCCAAGAUCUUUCAAGACGUUAUGGGAACUAUUCACAAACUGAAAUUAAAAAUCUGAUUAGUUUAUUUCGUGAUGCUGGCAUAAACCAUGGUUACUUAAAUCGUACUUGUUUAGACCCUUCAGAUCCUGCUUGCCCAAUAUCAGCUCCUAAUUAUAGAGGAAAACCUCCAGAUAUAUCUAGAAUACUCAGUGGCGGCUGUUCAGGGUUUGCGUCUAACAUGCUCCAUUGGCCGGAGCAAAUUAUAGUUGGUGGUCGGGUGCAUUCGAACAGCAGUUUGGAUAUAUCACCUGGUACAGAAUUGCAAACUGUUUUAGUCAAUGCAGACAAAAAUGAUACCAGUUCAUCUCAGUUAUCUAGUCAUAUAUUUUCAUCCACUGAGUUCAACAGAAGUAGUAAAGGCUCACAGAAAAUCGCGCACCUAUUGAAAGCUAAUUCGUUCCAGUCACUUAUUUUACUGCGCUCUCCGAGAGAUUUGUAUGAAGCAGUUAGGCGAAGUGAUCCAUACAAACAUGAAGACUGGACAUUAGACGAUGCUAGACACGUUUUACGUGAAUGGAGGCGCAACCUAAGACGUUUGGUUAUUGAACACAACAGUGGUUUGCAGCCUUCAACUAGAUGGCAGUUCUUCGCUUUUACUAACGCUUCAUUACGUGAUCUCUUACAGGAGAUAACUCUUCGUCUAGGACCUAUCACAGUAAUUGGCUGUGUGCUGCUGGUGUUUCUUUAUGGAGUUGUCUGUCUCCUUGGUUGGAGGGAUCCUGUUCGUUCUCAGUGUUGGUUGGCGUUAUGUGGCCUGAUGAUUAUAGCGUUAUCAUCAGUGGCUGGACUAGGGAUUUGUGCAGCUGUUGGAAUACCGUUCAACGUGUUAACUAUUCAGGUAUUACCAUUUCUACUUCUUGGCUUGGGUGUGGAUAGUAUAUUUGUUUUAACCAGCUGUCAUGAGUGUUGUAUUGCUCGCCGCACAGUUUCAUUAACUAACCCAACUUCUUCAGACUCCACAACCUGGUCUUCAACGGUGUCGUUAUCUUCGUGGUCAUCAAAGUCAUCUACUUCUCCUGUUCAUGUACUAUCUGUACAUGGUCCAAGCCUUCUUUUUAGUGCAAUUUCUAUAACUAGUGCUUUCUUUUCUGCUGCAUUUAUUCCCGUCCCGUUGGUACGUCAAUUCUGUUUACAGGCUGGUAUUCUUACUCUUGUACAGUCAGUCAGUGUAUUAAUUCUGUUCCCUGCUCUAUUACAACUUGACGCAACUCGUCGUAGUCAAAAGCGUUUAGAUGUUUUAUGCUGUCUACGUCAACCGGAUGUGGAAACGGCAAUAAUUACAAAUCCUCACAGGUCAACUGUUGCUUGCCAUUCUGAAUCAUGCCAUCUACGAACGCUAAGUCAUCAUUCUGGUAAUAAAAAUUUAAUACCUAAUCGUCAUCGCCAUCAUCAUCACCAUCAUUGUCGGCAUUGUCGUUGUUCAAAAUCAAGAAAACUAAGCACUAACCGUGAUAUUUCUGUCAACUUAGCAGAGACACACAUUAGUUCCAGUUUUUCACAUCCAACAAUACAGCGUUUAUCAUCUGUUUCACAUUUCGAUAAUGAUGGUACAGCAGCCGUUGUGAAGACGGUUACUAACCCGGAUGCUCAUACUGUUCACACUACGGUCACUGUUACCGGUAAUCAAGAUAAGAAAUCUAGUUUAUCCAGUUCUUCCGACCCAACUGGUGGCGAAAAACUGACAAGUUUUGAGUGUGAAAAUGACUGUCCCACUUGUCGAAAUGAAAUCUCAACAUCAGAUCAAAAGGAUCUACAGAAAUGUGUAAAUAAAUCAGAACCUGGUGUAGAAUCGAAAACAACUCUUCCCUCUCCACUGCUUGUACGGUUUGCUCGACAUUUUGCUCUACUCCUCACAGGUCAUUGGAUUGUACAACUCUGUGUUUGCCUAUUGGGAUGUGGAUUGUUUUGCACAGCUGUGCUUUGUGCCGCCUUACGGAUACGCUUAGGUUUGGAUUGGUCAAGUCUAACACCUUCGGAUACUAUAGAAUAUGGAUUUAUUAAAACAGCAGGACAAGCUUUUGGUCUAAGUAACUUUCAUGUAAUUGCACGAGGUUCUGAUCUCCCUGGAUCUCGGCCAGUUUCUAGUCAAUCAGUGUUCCAGUAUACCGCUGCAUCAGCUUCUAGUGGAACAUCUACUAGAUCUCGUGUAAGCUUAGCUACUGUAGGACGGGGAAUAGACUUUCCUAUGCAACAGCGUCGUCUUCGUUGGAUGUACGACUGUUUGACUGGCAUUUCAGGUGUUAUGUUGUCAGGACGUAAGGUAUGGUUGGAUGCAAUGCGUGAUUGGUUAGAGGAGGUGCAAAAUGCAUUUGAUGUAGACCGUAAAAAAGGAUAUAUAAUGGACAGCGGACAUUGGAAUGCUAAUACAAGUGAACUUGGUGUUCUUGGUUUGCGUCUAAUUGUUCAAACGGAUCGUGGACCUGAGUUGAGUAGAAUUAAUACUGGCCGUAUAGUACGUGGUGGAAUAGUAGAUCCUCCAGCAUUUUAUACACUUUUACGUGUAUGGCGUUCAAGGAUGCUCUGA